AUGCCCUCCCCGAAGCCCAAGAUGACUCGGACCUCUGUGCUCGCCGAUAAAAACCGUCAAUUCUUCACCUCGAGCCUGCGUCGAUCCGUCGCCGCUCCCACCGUGGAGGCUGCCGCGGAACAGACUGCAGCCAAGGUCAAGUCAAGUUUCCCCAAGAUCAGCGACAAAAGGGUGGCCUACUGGCUCUUGGGCAGCGCCGCCAGCGUCUUUGGUAUCGUUGUCUUUGGAGGAUUGACCCGGUUGACUGAAUCUGGUCUGAGUAUCACCGAAUGGCGCCCAGUCACUGGUUCUCUUCCCCCCAUGAACGCGGACGACUGGGAGUCUGAGUUCUCCAAAUACCGUGCCUCUCCGGAAUUUCAACUGCUUAACCCCAAUAUGACCCUGUCCGAGUUCAAGUCUAUCUACUACAUGGAAUGGAUUCAUCGUCUCUGGGGCCGAUUCGUCGGUCUGUCGUUCGUCCUGCCCGCUGUUUACUUCAUCGCCCGGAAAAAGGUCUCUACGCCCAUGGCCCUGCGCCUUGGUGGCAUUGCUGGUCUGAUUGGGUUCCAAGGCUUCAUCGGUUGGUGGAUGGUCAAGUCUGGGCUCAAGGAUGAUCUGUUUGCCCCCGGAAGCCACCCGCGAGUCAGCCAGUACCGUCUGACCACUCACUUGGCUACCGCUUUCACUUGCUACGUGGCCAUGCUCUGGAACGGUCUUGCGAUCCUGCGAUCUCACCGCCUGAUGAAGGAUCCCUCCGAGGGUCUGAACCAGCUGAACGCCCUGCGGGAUCCUCGACUGGCCUUCUUCCGCCGCUCCGUCGCCGGCCUUGCGCUUCUGGUCUUUGUCACCGUCAUGUCUGGAGGCCUUGUUGCUGGCCUCGACGCCGGAUUGAUCUACAACGAGUUCCCUUACAUGGGUAAGGGACUGACCCCUCCCAGCGCUGAACUCUGGGACCCACGCUACUCCCGCCAUGAGGAUCGCUCCGACCUGUGGUGGCGUAACAUGCUCGAGAACCCUUCUCUCGUCCAGCUUGAUCAUCGCAUUCUCGCCAUCACUACUUUCACCUCUAUCGUCGCACUCUUUGCCUAUUCCCGCCGUGCUCCAAUCAAGCGUCUGCUUCCUGCCCCGGCUCGCAAGGGGAUGCACGGCGUCCUCGGCUUCGCCUGCAUGCAGGUCGCUCUUGGUAUCUCCACUCUGCUGUACCUAGUACCCACUCCGCUCGCGUCAGCUCACCAAGCCGGAAGCUUGUUCCUGUUGACCUGGGUUAUGAUUCUUGGCAGCCGUGUGUGGCAUCCGUCGCGCACAGCAAAGCUUCUGCAAAUGGCUGCCAAGGCUCGCGGCCAGCAGCUGUCCAGUUCCACUGCUUCGGCCAUGAAGCGGCUGUAA